UUUCUGUGUGUUUCUGAUGACGGUGGCUUGCACUCUUCAUUCGUCUUGGAAACAGAAAUGAAGACAGACGUCUUGAACAGAAGAUAGCUGAUCGAUUCUUCUUAUUAUUAUUAUCAUCAUUACUGUGCAACCGACAGAAACCAAUCAUGGCGAACGAGUCCGUGAGUGUGAUCUUCAAGAUCUACUGCCUGUCUGUCAUGACCCUGAUCGCUGCCACAUACACGGUGGCCCUCAGGUACACCCGCACCGUGUCCUCGGACCUGUACUUCUCCACCACCGCGGUCUGCGUCACUGAGGUCAUCAAGCUGCUGCUGAGUCUAAUGAUGCUGGUCAGGGAGACGGGGGACCUGGGCCGCUGCAGGACCGCUGUGGUCACACACAUCUUCAGAAGCCCCAAGGAGCUGCUGAAGCUGAGCGUGCCGUCGGUGGUGUAUGCCAUCCAGAACAACAUGGCCUUCGUGGCCUUGAGCAACCUGGACGCCGCGGUCUACCAGGUGACGUACCAGCUGAAGAUCCCCUGCACGGCGCUGUGUAUGGUGCUGAUGCUGAGCCGCUCUCUGAGCCGUCUGCAGUGGUUCUCCGUCUUCAUGCUGUGUGGAGGCGUCACGCUGGUGCAGUGGACCCCGCCGCACUCCACCAAAGUCCAGGUGGAGCAGAACCCGCUUCUGGGCUUCAUGGCGAUCGCCGUCGCGGUCCUCUGCUCCGGGUUUGCAGGUGUGUACUUUGAGAAGGUCCUGAAGAGUUCGGACACCUCUCUGUGGGUGCGAAACAUCCAGAUGUACCUGUCAGGAAUCGCGGUGACCCUCAUCGGGGUCUACGUGACAGACGGCGCCCAGGUCUUGGAGAAAGGCUUCUUCUACGGAUACACACCUUGGGUCUGCUUAGUCAUCUUUUUGUCGAGUGUGGGAGGAAUGUACACGUCUGUGGUGGUGAAAUACACGGAUAACAUCAUGAAGGGCUUUUCUGCAGCGGCUGCGAUCGUGCUGUCCACCGUGGCGUCCGUCCUUCUCUUCGGCCUGCAGAUCACGACUACGUUCAUCUUGGGAGCCGCGCUGGUGUGUGUGUCCAUCUACAUGUACGGACUGCCCAAACAAGACACCAGCAAACUGCCGAAGCCCAGCACAGCCCGAGAGGACACGGAGAAACUCAUCGCCGUCUGACACGGAUCCACCCGUGACUCGCUGUUCACUGAGCCGAGCAACACUACAUCAGCAGGAGGAGCGGUUCAUCCGUCUGUGCUGCGGAUGAUGAUGAUGAUGAUGAUGAAGGAGGGGUUUAUGGGGGAGAAUGUGGGGUUUGUCUAUCUAUAUAAAAUCAUUUGUACUAUGGGACUUGAUGCAGAGGGUGAGGCGCUGAGGCACUGCUGCACGGAACGAACACUGAUGCCGAACUGCAUGCUGGACAGGUUUUUUCUUCAGGAUGUUUGUUUAGGUUUCCAGUGUCAUUUGCUGAAGGAUUCUUAAAUGUUUACGUAAGCUGAGCGUGAAGAGGCUCCCGACAGGUCUGGAUCGCCGGCUCGCUUUAAUCAUCGGUGAAAGAUACGCCUCGUAAUCCAGGACAAUCGCUGUACGUGUGUGUGUGUGUGUGUGAGUGAGGCGGCUCUGAUGGACGUGUCUGAAGUCCAGCUCUCAUAUAGUGUGUGUUUACAUGUGCAUUGCAUUUAUUUACAACUAAACUGCAUUUAGAAACCGAGAAAGCAAAAAUUGGCGUUUAUGCCUUGAUGAUGCAUUCUGGGGGUUUUAAAAAGUCGCCCUUACACAAAUUAAGCUCUGAAAAAUUGAAAUAUCUAAACAUUUUUGAUACUUUUACUGGAGAUGCAAAUCUUCCCAUUGGAUUAAGAUGAUUUUUCUGAGUCCACUGGCAGAUCUCUCUUCUUGUUUUAAUCAUAAACUCACUUAAUUUUGAUCUAUUUCAAAGAAAACAAGGUUUCAUAUUUUAUGCCAGUUUGUACCUGUAAUAAAUGCAUCUUGAUUUAAGAAUACACUUGUACUGGAAACCAGGACAGAAAUGCUGAUGAAGAGCGUCCGGUCUGUGCAGUGUGAUCAGAAGGAACAGUCAAGUAUAUUUAUAUGUUUGGGAGAUUAGUGAUUAAUUUUUUUUUUAUUAUUAUUAUUUGUUUCAUUUGUAAAAAAAAAAUGAAUUGAAGUAAUAUCAUGAAUAUCAGUUGUAUUUUUAAACGCUGAAGUGUUGCUAAUACACCUUGUGUUUCUCUAGACGUACUUUCAGAGAACGUAUUGAA